AUGGACAGUAGUUUUAACAUAUUUUUGCUCAAACAAGCCGAGUGCUGGAUUUCCAAAGAUUUUCCGACUUUGGGAGCAAUGCAACAAGAAACAAACCAACCCAAAGAUGCAAAUGCCUUCUGUCAAACCCCAACUUCACCUGUGAAGAUUAUUUCCACCAUUUGCCUUUGGCCGAGGCUGGCGAGGGUGCUGACUGCGCGUGGUGACUUCGAGGAGGCGGAGCCACUGCACCGGCGAGUGCUCGAGGCCUACGAAGCGCGGAAUGGUGCCGAGGAUCCGGAGACCCUCACGGCGGUGUACAAUCUGGCAUUCACGUUAGGCUUUGCAGGGAAGCUGGCGGAGGCAGAGGCCUUGUCCAGACGAGCGUUGAGGGGACGUGAGCGUCAACUGGGAUUAAUGCAUGUGGACACCCUGGAGAGUGUGAACAAUCUUGGUUGGGUCUUGAAGGCGCAGGAGAAGCUAGGAGAGGCAGACACACUGUACCGGAGAGCGCUAGAAGGACGCAAGAUGCAGCUUGGAGCCAGGCAUCCUGAUACCCUGCAAUCACUCAACAAUCUUGCAGGCUUGGCAAAGAAUCAGGGUAAGUUGGAAGAGGCUGAAUUGCUUUACAGGAGAGUUUUAGAAGGACGUGAGGUGCAGCUUGGCCGGAUGCAUCCUACCACCCUAGCUUCUGUGAACAACCUUGCGGUAUUGCUACAGGACGAGGGGGAGCUGGAAACGGCUGAGCUGCAUCACAGGAGGGCCUUGGAAGGAUUUGAACUGCAGCUCGGAUCUCGCCAUCCGCACACCCUGCGCUCCGUUUGGAAUCUCGCGAAGCUUUUGGAGGCGAAAGGCUCCCUGGCCGAGGCGGAAAAGCUCUAUCUCAGAGAGCUGAAUGCCAUGAAGGAGCUCCGCCCUGACCACGAGGAAACCGAGGCGAGCCGUCAAAACCUGCAGCGCUUCCAGCAGCACUUGGCCCAGCUGAGGGCUCUUGGAAGAGCUCCCGCAGCGCAUGCUGAGAAGGCGUACGGUGACUGA